CAUAUGUAUUAAUUAUAAAUUCCACUAAACCGGUUUUGCUGUUAAAGAAUGUACCAAAGCUAUGUAACUUGAAUUUGUGUAAUGAUUUAGAGAGAGAAUUAGUGGAAAAGAGAGAACUUACCUGCGUGAGCUUUCCACUAAAUUAACCACAACGACGACUUGAGUUUCAUUUCUCAACGGGUAAAGCUUAUAAUCAGACGUUGGUCCAUUCCGUACAGGUGGUGUUUUAUUUUGUAGUGCAAUAUUCUACUAUAAUCAAAUACGUUUUUUUUUGGAAAACAUAACAUAAAUUAUAAAUACAAUACGCAAUGUGGAAGCAAAUAGUAACAGAAACCAACAGGCAAUGGGCUUCAUUAGGUAAAUAUCAGACGCGUUUAUGGCCUUUUGCACCUGCAGCAACUUUCACUUUUGCACAACAACCAACUGCUCGCAAGCUGACGUCAACGUCAGCAGCAAAGCCAACACCUCCGAAGCACGACUGGAAUCGCGCUGUCAGUGAGGCAGAACGGAUUGUUGGCUAUCCCACUUCAUUCCUCAGUCUACGGUGGCUACUUAGUGAUGAGAUUGCUAAUGUCGCUUUGCAUCUACGAAAAUUAGUUGGAAGCAAUCAUCCUUUACUCAAAACGGCAAAACAUUUGCUUUAUAAUGGCAAAAAUACAAUGCAAGCUUGGGGUCUAAUUGUAUUGCUGAUUUCAAAAGCCGCUGGACAUGCACCUUCAGUACCGGAUAUGGAACAAGAUAAAAGCGCCGGUGUAUUGCACUCUCAACGUGCAUUGGCAGAAGUUACCGAAAUGAUUAGAAUAUCUCAUUUAGUACACAAUAGUAUAGUAAAUCUACAACCAACAUCCGAGGCUGGAAAGGACACAGCUUCUUAUGAGGAUAUGGCUUUUGGAAACAAAAUUGGAUUAUUAACUGGUGAUUACCUUCUUGGUCACUCCAGCGCUGAAUUAGCUAAUUUACGUAAUCAAGAAGUCGUCGAAUUAAUUUCAUCAGCUGUUCGCGAUUUUUCUGAAUCGCAAUUUAUUGGUGACCGUGAUGAACAAAAUAAUCCACUACCCACAAAACCCGGAUCUGAACCUCCCGAAACAAACGGUACAGCAACAACAGAAAGCAUCGAUUUCGAUGUCAACGACGUGAUGAUACCUAUGAAUGUCUUGAAAGCUAUGGGUAAUCCUGAAAAAGAAUGGGAAUGUCGCAAUAUUUUAAAUGCAGGAUCUCUGCUCGGGAAAGCGUGUCAGGGCGCGUUAAAAUUAGCAGGGCAAGAUGAGGACAUGCAGCGGCAAGCAUAUCUUUUUGGUAAACAUUUGUCAUUGGCAUGGCAGGCUUGCUUGGAUGCCGAGCCAUUUCAAAUCACUACACUCCCUUUAGAUACAACAUUUAGUUUGGUAAGUGCGCCAGUUCUCUAUCAUCUAGAAUACGAUCCUUCAUUAUACGAUGAAAUUGAAAAGGGUAAAGUCUCUGUAGAGAAAAUUGACUACGUGAAAAUUCACAAAGCAAUUCUCGGUGGGCCAGGCUUGGAAAAGACCAAAGAAUUGCAACGUAAACAUACUACCGCAGCAAUAGGAGUGCUUGAAAAGUUCCCUGCUACUGAUGCCCGCACAGCUCUUGAGAAUAUUAUUCUCGCAAUGCAGGAUUUGUAAUUAAGGGUUAAUAUAUGUAGUAGUUAUAGUUCAUUAAUUACAAUCAAAUUUUUAAGGAUUUUCUUUUAGUACUUUUGUGUAUAGUUUUAUAUUUAUUUAUAAUAGUCGGGUUUGCUGUUUCAUAAUGACUUUUUAUAUUAAGUAAAGCUAAUAAAUACUUAAUCUUAUAAAUAAAAUUUA